ACCAAAGUUAGUUUUUAAUCGUUAUUAAGACAAAUCAAGUUCGAUGUUAAUACAAAUGCUAUACAGCAUAUAGCUUGUGUUCUAUAGAACUCGGUACAACAUUCGGUAUUCAGUCAACAAAGCAAGAUACUUUUUGUUUUAUUUUGUUACUCUGAUUUCUCUCCAGCUUCUGAUAAGAACUGAGUUCUUACAUUUUUUUUAAAAUGAACGGAGAACGAUAAGCCGACUACAAAAGUAGUUCAUAAACCAUAUAUUUAUUUUGUAAUAGUAUCUGUUAGUUCUUGCUUGUGUUACUUUAUACAGUGUCUUUCAUGUCGGAUAUUUGGUUCGAGUUCUAAGGCGGAACUGAUUAAAUCGAGUCGCUGUUUGUACACGGACGGUGUCGCAGGUGUUUCCAGACAUGGCAACUUGCACGCGGAGUGUGUGGAAAGUUUUAGCAGGAUGUCAGAGGCAGCUGCUGAGCGGCGGCGCUCCUGCCUACACAGGCUUCACUCACUCUGCACAGAGGAACUUACCAGUCAGGAAAUUUGCAGCCUUCAAGGCAAUAAGGAAAGACAAGGAGGUGUCUGAGAAAGCGGAAACGAAGGAGAAGAGGGUCAUCGAUGACAGCGACAGACACAAGCCUUAUGGCAAGACGGCGUGGGCGCCUGUUGAUGACGUGUAUAUAUUGAGGUAUUACCCCCGGACCAUCCACAGCGCAGCAGACGCCAUCGACAUGCUGAAGAAGUUUCAGCAGCUGGACUUCACUCCCCACAACCAGCCUGUCUAUGUCGACCUGAAGCUUGACAUGAAACUGGAGAAAAAGAGAAAAGUCGACCCGUUCGUCAGCACUGUGCACUUACCUCACCGCUUCAAGACGGAGAUGAACAGAGUUUUAGUCUUUACUGAGGAUGCUCAACAAGCACAAGUUGCCCUGGAGCACGGUGCCGUGUGCGCUGGAGGAGUUGAGCUCAUACAACCAAUAUUGGAUGAUGAGAUUUCGGCAGAUUUCUACGUAGCGGUUCCAGAUAUUGUGUCAAAGCUUGUGCUGCUGAAAAACAAACUAAGGAAGAAGUUUCCAAAGAGCAAAAGAGGCUCCAUCGGCGUCAACAUUCCCAAGAUGUUGGAGUUGUUUAGACUGGGCCACGAGUACGCGGUGGAGAGCGACUGCUUUGUUAGGACUCAGAUAGCCACGCUGGACAUGUCCAGAGAGCACAUCUUCUCCAACCUGCAGGCCGUGCUGGAGGACGUCUGCUCCCACCGACCUGCCGACGCCGGACCGUUCAUCCAGCGAGCCAUCGUCACCAGUCGCACCAGUGAAGCUCUGUGGUUUAAGAGUGAGGACGUCUUAUUGAAACCAGCAGAUGAAGAGAAGGAGAAAAGCACCAUUUCACUGUAAAUAUACACUGUACUCAAUAAAGCGUUGUGAGUUUAA